CAGUUUCCCGUCGCGCAGUAGGCGAACCGCGCUAUUUGAUCCGCGCGGGCCGCCGUAGUCAGCUGCAGCGAGCAGGAAGUAUCGGAGCAGCGGGCGGUGACUGCAGGAUGGCCCCGGACCCCUGGUCCUCCACGUAUGAUUCUACUUGUCAAAUUGCCCAACAGAUCGCUGAGAAAAUUCAACAACGAAAUCAGUAUGAAAGAAAUGGUGAAAAUACAAUCAAGCUUACCGUGACAAUCAGAGCUUUGUUGCAGAAUCUGAAGGAAAAGAUCGCCCUUUUGAAGGACUUAUUGCUAAGAGCUGUGUCAACACAUCAGAUAACCCAACUUGAAGGGGAUCGAAGACAGAACCUACUGGAUGAUCUUGUAACUCGAGAGAGACUUCUUCUGGCAUCCUUUAAGAAUGAGGGUGCAGAACCAGAUGUAAUCAGGUCCAGCCUGAUGACUGGAGGGCCUCAGCGAGGAGCGCCCAACCCUUGGCUCCUUGAGGAGCCUGAGGAGAUGAGAGGCUUAGGUUUUGAUGAAAUCCGGCAACAGCAGCAGAGAAUUAUCCAAGAGCAGGAUGCCGGUCUUGAAGCCCUUUCCUCCAUCAUAAGUCGCCAGAAACAAAUGGGACAGGAAAUUGGGAAUGAAUUAGAUGAACAAAAUGAGAUAAUUGAUGACCUUGCCAACCUGGUGGAGAAUACGGAUGAGAAACUUCGCACUGAAACCCGCCGGGUGAGCAUGGUGGACAGAAAGUCUACGUCAUGCGGAUACAGACAGUUCCAUUUGAUGAAGCAUUGA